CCCAUGAAAUCCCGCCUCGGCUGCAAAACAUGCAAAAUACGCAAAGUCAAGUGCGACGAGGAAAAACCUCGCUGUCGCCGCUGUGCCCAGACCGGACGUGCCUGUGAAUACGACCAGCUCCCGCCCGCCCAUCCUCUGUCCUCCUACCCCGGCACUGUCUGGCGCGAACGACGAGCGUUCGCCUAUUAUUCCGAACACGCAGCUGUUCAUGUAGCCGGCGCGCUGGAUGGCGACUUCUGGCGAGGCGUCGUGCCGCAGGUGUGCCGCCGUGAGCCGGCUGUCUGGGACGCGAUCAACGCCAUCAGCGUGCUCUUCGAGAACCCCGAGCAGUGUCUCGACCCGAUCUUCCUCAGCAGACAGCCGGCCUCGCUUUCUCAUACCCAUCGGGAUGCGUUGGUUUGGUAUACUCGCUCGCUGGCACGCGUCCGGGACCGUCUCGCCCGCGGGGACGUCGACGCGACCGUCGCCCUCGUCACCUGCGUGCUCUUCGUGUGUAUCGAGACCUUGCAGGGCCGGAUCGAAGCUGCCCUCCAGCUGUACCAACAGGGAGUGAACUUGAUUCUACAGAUGCGGGCGGCCUCGUCGUCGUCGUCGUCGUCGUCGCCGUUUCGAGAAAACACUAUCGUCCCCUUCUUUCUCCGUCUGGGCACGGUGGCUCUCACCAUCUCAGGUGUGCCCACCAGCGCCUUGUUGACGGCCAUCCGACAUCUGCCCGACGAGAAACAGGACUUUCAUACUCUACAGGCCGCCCGCGAGGCUCUUGUACCCCUCGCCGCCGAGUCUCUGCUCUUCCAGCGCGAGGCCCAGGCCCACCUAGCGACUGUGGCGGACGAUUCCCUCGAUCACGCCCUACUCGUUCGACAGCAUGCACUGCAAGACCGAUUAGCAGCGUGGAAGUCCUCACUAACAGCUUUUCUCAAGUCGGACGAACACCAAGGUGUCCUUCAGGCAGAGAAUAGAAGCGAUCCCGCCGUGAAACUACUCCAAACAUACCACGCCGCCGCAGAGAUCUACGUCGCAACAUGCCUGACCGUGCAAGAAACAGUGUACGACACUUACCACGCCCGCUUCGCAGAGAUAGUCGCCUACGCCGCCGCCGUGCUCGACGCUUCAAUUGACAGUGCAACCGGUGCGGCGCCCCCCUUCACCUUCGAAAUGGGCGUCGGGCUGCCCCUGUUCAUCACCGCGCUGAAAUGUCGGCAUCCGCUUCUCCGCCGUCAAGCCAUCGCUCUGCUUCGUCGUGCCCCGUCAGUGCAGGGGUUUUACAAGUGCCCCCCUGGCGCUCUUAUGGCCGAGACAAUCAUGACGGUAGAAGAGAAGCUGGCCGGCCUGACUUUUAGUAGUAGUAGCAGUAGCAGUAGCAGCAGCAGCAGCAGCAGCAGCAGUGAUUAUAUCCCCCAACAAGCAAGGGUUCAUGUCUUUGGCAUCUUCCGCCCCUGUGAUUCCCCGGAUAUACUCGGCGACCAUGAUCUCGGCGCGUGGCACAAGAGUCCAGACUCGUUGUUCUUGAAAUAUACGAGGUACGAAGGGGCAGGGCCGUUCAAUCGGAUAGAAGAUAUAGUUCCAUUAGAAUGAUUUACUAGGUAGUAGGUACUAUGGAGAUUAGUGCAUUAUAGUAUCAUACAUCGUAUGUCGUGAGAUGAUGAGCCUUCUAGAAGACUCUUCUGGAAGGCCCUUCUAGAAAGCAAGAACAGCCUCCUUGAGUUUCUGGAAAUUAGGCGUACCAAGACCAGUCACAGGGUCCCAGCCGACGGUGGCGUUCCAGUGGGCGCCCGGGAUGGCCAGACUGCCGUUGACGU